UGUGGUUUGAAGAAAUAUUCUUUUAUUACAAUUAAUCUGAUGGUUGGAUUAAGAGUAAAGCUUUCAAAAACACAAUUUCUUUACUUUUACUCAAAUAUGACUCUUGGGAACUUUUUAGCACCUUAGCACCUUUAGAGUCGAUCAUAAAUCUCAUUUCUAUCUUCAUAUCUCAGAUCUGUCUUUGUUAUUAUCAGUUUUCCAAACAAUUCAUAAUUUUAAAGCGGCUUUAUUACUGUGUGACAUACAAAAAAAAAAUCUGAAUUAACUGUUCAAUUGAAAGCUUUUACAUGAAUCACUAUCUGAGGAUAUAUAAUAAAACUUUUAUUAGUGACAGAAGCAAACAUUUUAAAAGCCUGUUCAUGCUGGAGAUGACGCUCACAUGCAGGCUGCUGGUGGAGGAGGUGGAGGAGGAGGUGGAGGAGGUGGUGGGUCCUUGACGGGAGGAAACCAUGAACUCUGGGAGGAGCAGGUUCCCACACCCAGAAGAAGAGACGCACAACGCUGUAACACAAACAGUCCAGCACUCAGGAAGGAAAGGGCUCUCUUUGGGCCUUUAUCAGAUCUGCGAGAUCCUCGACCCCGUCCGUCACCCGCUGCUCCCCGAGAGGUGACGCCCACCCAGCCUCCUCCUCCUCCUCCUCCUCCUCCUCCUCCAGCCUCCUUCUUCUUCAUGCUGGAGGUGAAGUCACUCGGUGCUCGUCAUCGUCACACUCAGGAGGAAAAAACUGUCUCCUGGUUGUGUAACGGCACCUCCUUUGCUGACAUCAUGGAACGUCUCCGUAGACGCGACGGAGACGGAGGAUCACGUUCACCACGUCGUCGCCUCCCUCCUCUCCGUGCCCUCCGACCUGCAGGCCAGCUCAGGUCCAACUCAAUAUUCCCCCUCCGUCCCGGCGAGGCGGCCGGACUCCCUGGCACCAGCGUCUGGCGCUGAGGGGGGAAGAUCUAUCUCCGAGAUACGAGCAGGAGCAACUCCACCCAGGAGGCCUGGUAUACACUCAGACAAACCGAUUACAUCCUCUGAGCUAAUCAUUCCCCCGAGUCCCCCGACAACACAAACAUCCCCAGGACAGAAACGCCACUCUUCCUCCGACUCCGGGCUGUUUUUAGAGCUCUAAAUCUCAGUGACAAUCCACAUACACAAAAAACUGCAGCUUCUCUUUGUCUUGAGGAGAGACUUACAAGAUGUAUUGCACAACGAACGCGUCGUCUUCUUCUGUGCAGACAAAACAAUGAUUUGCUUAAAAAUUGACUGUUCUAUAAAGAUUCGUUUUGUGAUUUAAGGUAAUUUAAGCUAUUGUUAUUUAAGCUGCAUGCAUACGCAGUUGUACUGACAUGCCAACCAGCUGUAAUGAUAACAUUCAUGUGUAGUAAAUUGUCAAAAAGUUUGCAAGGAGUCGCAGCUACUUUUGCCUUGGAUUUGCUCUGGAUUUUUCUUGUCAUUUCUCUGUGUUUUUCACGCCAGUAAAUUGAAAAAAUAGUCACCUUUAAUAGUCACCAACUUUAAUCUGGGUGGAUAAAACUGUUGUGCUGUUAUAAAGCAUCUUGAGUCGUUCCUGGAAUCCCACAGUGAUUACAAUUUGGACGCAAUUUGUCCUGUUUUUUAUGGGGAAACUGUAAAACCUUAAUUAGUUUAUUUCGUUCUGGAUUCCAGAAAGGUUCCCAUCAAAAAUGUCUCUGAUUUCUUCCCAUGUAAAGUCUACAUCAUACAUCUGAUCACAUUAUGAAGUCCACGUUGCGCACGCCUCCAUCCAAUACUCAAAAAAGUUUUAAUGGCUUUAUUUGAAAUGGGAGGAGAGACGAUGGACGAGGAAGGAGCUGGAGUGAAAAGUAUUAAGGAGAGAAAGUGCAUUGGAAAUCCACGCAAAAACAAAAAAGCAUCAAGGUGUUGUAUCAAACGAACAAAAACAGGCAGCCAUUGAAACUUUUAUGACCAAAAAAAGUUCACCAGAAGCAGACCGAUGUCUGCCAACAGAUUACGGCAAUAAAGAAAGUGCAAGGAUCUUUAGUGAUUCUACUAUCGCCACUAAAAUGUCAUGUGGAAAAAUAAAAAGUGAGUCUUUAGUUCAAAAUGUCCUUGGCUCCUUACAGUCAGCAGCAUUUAGCCACAAAACACCAAGAUGCACCAUAUUUCUGUCUGUUCUGACGCAUCAAACUCCGGCGACGCAAAACUGUAUCCAUACACAUACGUAUCCUAUGUAUCCCACCCAAGUUAGUCAAAGUUCUGUGGUCAUAAAACAAAGCCAAUGACCCAAAAACUGACCCCUGGAUUCCACCAGGUACGUGUCUGCUGCGUUACGCCGCCGCCACGCCAAGAGAGCUGAUGGUUUCACAGGAAACGCAGAAACUCUUCCGUCUCGUGGCACCAGCUGUCGACCGUACUGUGCCGUAGUGGACUCAACAUGCAACCGGUGGGGUACACGUGACGGAGCGUCGUCGUUAAAGUUUUGCUAUGCGCUUCUUCCUUCGUCUGUCAACCCCCACUGUUGUUUCCACAUCUGACUUCCUGUCUGCUCCAGGCUGAAUUCGGCUGAAUUGAUUGGCCAUGCACCAGUAUCCUGCAGAAACAGAAGACCUGCAUGUCUGCUACGGACAAGUCCGAACUGCCGGAGACGCAACGGAGCCGGUGGAAAUACAGACUUAGUUUCAUUCUGCUACUACUUCAGCAUACGUUCAGCUAGACAAACUGUUCAGCUAUCAAAAUAUUCAUAUUUUUCAGCUCUUUCAGUUUUGUACUUUUCAGCUUUCUUCCUUUUCAGCUUUUUCAGAUAUUAAGCUU